CACGAAUCGAUAAGGGGAAAACACCCGCAAGAAUCGAUUCCCCGUCAACGCCCCCCUCCGACCCGCCAUUGCGAGGAGUCGGUGACUCCUGAGGUAAAAUUUAAACAUUUUUAUUUAUUUUAAACUCGCGACAUCAAACACAGAGAUUCUCCCAUCCCCACCCAGAACAGGGAGGGGCAAAGUGUGUAGUAGUAGUAGCGAGUAGCAGCACACACGACGGGCCGACAUUGCGGGUGGCUAACACCACGCCCGGCCGUCUUUGUCUCUCCCCACCGCUGACGUUUACACACACGAGACGAGUCCGAACGGACUCGCCAUACACACGCCGCACCAGGUGUAGAUGACUCAUUAUAGGCCCGACUCGACGUGCGACACACGACAACAACAACAACACCAGGUAGUGAUUUAAAACCAAGAGUUUACCUGCGACACACACACACACCAACCACACGCGGCAGGCCAUGCCCGACUCACUCUUACUGGCGGAGAAGGCGGAGGCCGCGUGGCGCUUCGUCCGCGCCUCCAUGUUCGUGCUGGGGGAGAGUUCUGCGCGUUUCUACGCCGACGCGACGUGGAGCCGGGCCGUGUGGCGAGCGGCAGGGGACGACGGGGAGACGUCUCCCGCUCGCGUUCUCGGCGCCCUGCUGGGUGACGUCGCGUCACGUGAGGAGGUCACCCGCCAAUCGCGGUCGUUCACCGACGACCACGCCGCCGCCGGUUCAAAUACAACCGCCGCCGGUGCCACGUUCAUGAGCGGGGGGAGGCUGACGGAGGUCGGUGUCUUUGUGAGGGAGGUGGAGAGGCACACGCUGGCAGGCCUCGGGCUGUGCACUUCACUCAAACCCAGCAGCAUUCAAGAUUUGGCUCCCGCACUGGACCUCAGGAACUGCAUCAUGAGUCCCAAGAAAUGCCACGAGGUGCAGACGAUGGUGGGGGCCGUGGCGAGCCUCGCCCAGAGCUGCGGACUCCACCAGGUGGUGGAACUGGGCUCGGGCAAGUCGUACCUGGGCUCGGAGCUCGCCUGGCGCUACUCGUUCCGCGUCGCCGGCCUGGACUCGAGUCCCACGGUGACGCGAGGAGCCGAGCGGCGGGAGGAGAGGCUGCUGGACAGACGGCGCGGAAGAGGAGGAGGCCGGGCGGGGAGGCCGGGCGAGACGCCGGCCGUCCCCCGGAGUGCACGCCCCGGCGAGGCGGGAGGUCACGCAACGGUGAUCGCUCACGUGACCCCCGGCACGGACCUCCAAGCGGUCCUGGGCGACUCCGGGGUGCGCGUGAGUGAGGGCGUGCUGCUGGCCGGCCUGCACGCGUGUGGCGACCUCUCCUCCACCGCUGUUCGUCUCUUCUGCUCCUCGCCGCAUGCCCACGCCCUCUGCCUCGUCAGCUGCUGCUACCACCGCCUCACAGAGCAAGGAGACGCGGGUGAGAAUCUGUCCUCCUUGCCAGGAUUUCCUAUGAGCCAGAAGCUGUCCUCGAUGCAGUGCAUACUGGGAAGGAAUGCCCGCAUGACGGCAUGUCUGUCUCGGGAACGAGCGACGCAUGGCAAAGGGCUCCCGACAGAUUCCCUGUUUUACUGGGCCGUGCUGCAAGUACUCAUCCGAGACCAUUACGACUCCGGCUCCAGCGACGAGCACGUGGGAAAGGUGUUUUCGAAGAGCCGGAGCUUUGUCGAUUACUGCCGAAGAGUCCUGGAAAAGAUGGGGCUUGAUCACGCCAAGCUCACAGAUUCUGAAAUCCAGAGCUACCAUGACCGUUACAUCGACAGAAAGGUCGAACUUGAAGCUUUCAAUCAGAUGAAAGCCGCCCUCGCUCCCUGUGUGGAAGCGCUCAUUUUAACGGAUCGCUUGUGCUACCUACAAGAACAGGGCGUUGCCCACGCGGGCAUCGUGCGGCUGUUCAACCCCAUGGUGUCCCCCCGGUGCUUCGCCCUCGUCGCCAGCAAGACGGCCGAACCCGACUUCCUCACCUCCUCGCCGCCCUGAGACAACGUCGUCGUCACCCUGCCAUCAUCGCCCUCGUCACCACCAUCAUCACCAUCAUCACCAACAUCAUCGUCACUGCCACGAUCAUCACUACCACCAUGGUCACCACUAUCAUCACCAACAUCAUCGUCACUGCCA